GACCUCCGUCGCAUUCCUCCUCAGGGCUUUGCCUUCUCGAUUUCCCUUCGAUCCACUACUAUUGUAACGGGGGUGUGUAUCUCUCCGUGUAUGUAGCGGCCAGAGGCCAGGGGCUGGAAAUAUUCGUUCUAAGUGUGGUAUGAAGUACUCGUACGAUUGUUGAUGAAAUUGGCAGAGCUUCUUCAGUUUCUCAGACGGAGGUAAUUUUGUGAGGAGUUCUGGGAGGAGGAGGAGGAGGAAGUCGAAGAAUGCAGUACAGGUGACGACGGUGGAGACGGAGGUGGUCGUGGGUGUGCGGAAGAAUUUCAAUUCGUGAAUCGAGGGAAAUCGAUAGAAGUUGAAGAGUUUGUGUAAUUUGCAGGCAUGGCGGGGAAUUUCUUGUUGGCGCUGCUCGCGCUCGGGUUGGCGGGUGUGUGUGCUGCUGCUGCUGAUGAGUACUCGGGUUUGGGCUACAGUCCAUCCGAUCUCGAAUCGGAGGAGAGCAUGAGAAAUCUGUUCGAUACGUGGUCUGCGUCUCACGGCUUUGUCAGAGGCAGUUUUGGAGAGAAGGAGAUGAGAUUUCAAAUUUUCAAGGAGAACUUGAACUUUAUUCACUCCCAUAACUGGAAUGCUAUGAAGGAGGGUGGAUACUUGCUUGGAGUGAACAAGUUUGCUGACAUGACUCACGACGAAUUCAAGGGCAGAUAUGUCGGUUCGAAGUUUGACAGGAAGAGAGCCCCGAAAUCGACUUUCAAGUACGCUCACGUAACCGGUUUGCCUGAUUCCAUCGAUUGGCGUCAAAAGGGAGCAGUCACGGGAGUCAAGGACCAGGGUUCUUGUGGGAGCUGUUGGGCCUUUUCGACAAUCGGAUCUGUCGAAGGUAUCAACCAGAUUGUCACUGGAGGGCUGGUCUCACUCUCCGAGCAGGAAUUGGUUGACUGUGAUACCAAGUACAAUCAGGGUUGUAAUGGGGGUUUGAUGGAUUAUGCUUUUGAAUUUAUUAUUGGCAAUGGUGGUAUCGACUCUGAAGAUGAUUAUCCGUACAAGGGAGUUGAUGGGAAGUGCAGCAAGGACAAGCUCAACUCCCAUGUCGUGACUAUUGACGACUACGAAGAUGUACCUGAAAAUAGUGAGGACGACUUGAAGAAAGCUGUUGCCAACCAGCCCGUAUCAGUUGCAAUUGAAGCAGGAGGUCGGGAGUUCCAGUUCUAUUCAACUGGUGUCUUCACCGGUCUCUGUGGUACUGACCUCGAUCACGGAGUGCUUGCUGUCGGUUACGGAACUGAGAAUGGAAAGGAUUACUGGAUUAUAAAGAACUCGUGGGCUUCAUCUUGGGGUGAGGCUGGCUACAUCCGUAUGGAACGGGGCAUCGCUGCAGUCACUGGGAAGUGUGGAAUUGCUAUGGAACCCUCGUAUGCGAUCAAGAAGGGACCGAACCCACCAGCCACCCCACCCCCACCACCAUCGCCUGUGCAGCCUGAGAUUCAGUGUGACAAUUUCUACUCUUGCCCCGAGAGCAAUACUUGCUGCUGCGUGUUCAACUUGGGUAAGCGAUGCUUCUCAUGGGGAUGUUGUCCCUUGGAAUCUGCCACUUGCUGCAACGACCAUCAGCAUUGCUGCCCAUCUGACAGGCCCGUGUGCAACACUAAGAUGGGGCUCUGCCUGCAGCACAAAAAUGAUGUGUUUGGAAGCCCGAUGCUGAAGCGGACCCCAGCCAAGUUUAACUGGAAUGCAUUCCGAGAACGUAUUGGUCGCAAGGGAUCGGACGAGGCCACCUCCUACCACGCCUCGCAGUAGAAUACCUACUGUAUCUUCUGUCAUCAGUAGGUAAAGCACCUACUCCGUUGGGUAGAGAAUAGAGGCCAACAAGUGCACGUGUAUGUAACCAGUAUUGCUCUCGCCUCGAGCUCAUACGUGAACAAGGUAGUGCUCUAGGUGCUAAAGUUUAUCUUCAAAGGCGAAAAGCCUAUAUAGAUUUCGGUUUCCGGUGUUGUAAAUGCUUUUGAUAAAUUGAUCAAAGUCGCAGUACAUGGGGUCGAUAGUUGUGAAAAAUGAAGUGUCAAUUUGUCGACAAGGUGGAGAUUCGGAGCUCGGGCCAGUUGACAGGAAAGGACGUAGAUGAGGGGAAGAAAUAGAAAAGACAAAUAUUAUCUGCCGGGGUAUCUUUUACCAUACCCCUGUGCACAUAGUUUGUUAACCAUUAGCUCUUGUGCACUAGUUUAUGUUUGUACAGAUCAGCCAAUCAGAACAUUCUUUGUGUAUUACCUGUAAAAGCGAAUUUCAGCCCUUCAAAUGAAGAAAAGGCCGAACAGCCUCAAAUUUCUCAU